AAUAUUAAAGGUGAAGUCUUAUGUCACAACAAGUUCAUAUAGAACUCGAUGUAAUUAUAAAUUUCACUCUUCUUAUUUCGUGUUUAAAAACAAUUAUAUUCAAGUUCGAUUUCUAGAGUAAAUAAGUAAUAACAAAACCCGAUAUUUGGUUUAAAUCUGCAUCGUAAAGAAAAAAGAUCCAUUGACUUGGUGCGUGCGAUGUGAAGCAAGCGAAAUGCGGUAUUGGGCUAUUUGUGUCGUUUGCUAAACGCGAUGUCGAUAGAAUACGUGGUAGUCAGCGAGGGCGAACAAGAUGAGCCCAUUGAACUGCCGACGGAGGAGGAUGGUUCCCUGUUGCUGAGUACUAUAGCGGCGCAGUUUGCUGGUGCCAGUGGCCUCAAGUACCGAGCUGGUGGGAGGUUACGUGGACUACGGCUGGCAGAUGAACAUGUCUUACCGCCGGCAGAAGGAUGGGCAGCACACCGUUACUUCUGUGCUUUCCCGCGCAUCGAGUCGGCGACGGCAGCGUUGCGACCUCGGUGUUCGGACCUCAUUGUUCUGGGCCUACCGUGGAAGACGAGUGAAGAAGCCGUACGAGACUAUUUUACAGCUUUUGGUGAACUGCUAAUGGUGCAAGUAAAGCGUGAUACUAAAACAGGCUUGUCAAAAGGAUUUGGUUUUGUUAAGUUUGCUGACUAUGAAGCUCAGAUGAGAGCCCUUGGAAGACGACAUAUGAUAGAUGGGCGUUGGUGUGAUGUACGUAUUCCUAAUAGUAAAGAAGGUGGAUCAGCGGCUCACAGGAAAGUGUUUGUAGGACGGUGCACAGAGAGUCUCACAGCAGAUGAUCUUCGAGAAUAUUUUGGUGCAUUUGGUCAGGUGACCGAUGUAUUUGUUCCAAAGCCAUUUCGUGCUUUCAGCUUUGUCACAUUUUUAGACCCAGAGGUCGCUCAAUCUCUCUGUGGACAAGACCAUAUUAUUAAAGGUGUGUCAGUGAACAUCUCAAGUGCGUCACCAAAGCGUGAACGUGGUGCACGGUCACAGCUUAUGGGGUGGGGACUGGUGGAGGGUACUCCUCGGGUCUACAGCUGGCCACCUGAUGCUUGGCACCAUUCUGCUCCGCUCACUGACACCAAACCCUACCUCAAGUAUGAGUGACUACUGAUGCGCCUUGUUGAUUGUUCAUAGUUUUUAUAUUAAAGAGCAAAUAUGUAAAUAAUGAUAAUGUAAAAAUAUUAAUACAGUAUAUUAUUAUUGAAUGUUAAGAAUAUUUUUAUGAAUACAAUCUAUAUGAGUUGAAGUUUGAAAAAUUUCUAUGCAUAGUUAAAAUUUUUAGCAAAACAAAACUGAACUUUUCCUUAAUUUACUCCACUCGGUUAUACUAAUUUGUAUAGAUAUAUACAAACUGUAAGCUUAAAAUUUGAAAAUAUAUAUUUUUAUAUUUAAAGAACAUUAUUUACUACAGCGUGACUUCACUAAUGGUUAGAAUAGAUUUUUGUAAAAUUCUAAAAGUAUUCAUGCUUUAAGAAGUUUCUCAGGAAUAUAAAAAUGUCUGUACCUUCUCAGUCACAAUUCACAAUGCCUAACUUUACUCUUAUUGUUGCUUCAUUAAUUUACUAUAAUUGAUAAAUUAUAACUAUGAAAUGUG